GAACGAUGAAUUAUUACAAAUUGCGUUGAGCUGCCAUAGAGUAAGGUUCAAAUUUCGAUCAGCUUCGCUGUUGUUGAAUUGAAACGUGUUUCUUGUAAUUUUUUCUUGUAAUUUAAAUUUGACAACGGAAUAUAUUCCAAAUGCAACGAAUCACAGUAUUAAAAAAAAUAUCGGCGUUGCCGACGAUUCAACGUCGCGCUUACUAUGAUAAUGUACAAAAACGAUUUUUGGCAACGGUCAAAGAAGUAUUCCCCCACAAAACGGACUUUCCAUCACGACACAUUGGACCGAGGAAAACUGAAGUUGUUGCUAUGUUGGAUUACAUCGGAUACAAGUCACUAGAUGAGCUAACUGAUAAAGCGGUGCCGAAGCAUAUUCAACUACGACGGGAUCUAAAACUCGACGAACCAUUUGAUGAACACGAGUUGAUAGCCAGAGCUCGUGAAAUUGCACAGAGUAAUAAAAUAUGGAGAAGUUACAUUGGGAUGGGCUAUCAUAAUUGCUAUGUACCACACACAAUCAUGCGAAAUAUAUUUGAAAAUCCAGGAUGGACUACGCAGUACACCCCUUAUCAACCGGAAAUCUCACAAGGUCGUCUCGAAUCUUUAUUGAAUUAUCAAACGAUGGUAUCAGAGAUAACUGGUUUGGAUAUUGCAAAUGCAUCUCUGCUCGACGAAGGUACGGCCGCUGCUGAAGCAAUGACAUUGUGUACGCGUCACAAUAAGCGUAAGAAAUUGUACAUUUCGGAUCGCAUUCAUCCGCAAACAUUGGAGUGCAUUCGUACGCGUACUGAUGCCCUGGGAUUGGAAUUGGUCGUUGGCCCAAUUGACCAAUGCAAUUUUGAGAGUCGUGAAAUUUCGGGCAUUUUGAUUCAAUAUCCAGAUACAUGCGGUAAUGUGGAAGAUUAUACUGAGAUCGCGAAGAAUGCGAAAAAGAACGGAACAUUGGUGGCAGUGGCUACGGAUCUGAUGGCAUUGACUAUUCUACGGCCACCGGGUGAAUUUGGUGCCGACAUUGCCAUUGGUAAUUCGCAGAGGUUCGGUGUUCCUCUGGGAUACGGGGGUCCACAUGCAGCUUUCUUUGCAUGCAAACAGAAUUUGGUGCGAUUAAUGCCAGGCCGGAUGGUUGGUGUAGCUCGUGAUCAGGAUGGCUUCGAUGCAUAUCGCUUAGCAUUGCAGACACGUGAACAACAUAUUCGCCGUGACAAAGCCACAAGUAACAUUUGUACGGCUCAAGCUCUAUUGGCCAACAUGUCUGCCAUGUAUGCUGUAUACCAUGGUCAUGAUGGAUUGAAAGAAAUUGCAAAUAAAAUCCAUGAUUCAGCGCUCACAUUGAAUUAUGGUUUGACUACUGCCGGUCACAAGUCAUUGAAUCAUGUAUUCUUUGAUACGCUUCACAUAAAGCCGAUCAAUCUAACAGUUGAUGAGAUAAAAUCAGCCGCCGAGAAAAAAGAAAUUAAUUUGAGAUACUUUGAUGAUGGCACCAUUGGUAUUGCGCUUGACGAAACUGUGAAACCAGCCGACGUUGAAGAUCUAUUGGAGAUUUUCCGUUGUAAAAAUUUAAAAAGAGUUCUCGAUUCGUACGAUGCAAGCCAAGACAGUGUUUCAAAAUCAAGUUUUAGACGGACAUCAGCAUUUUUAACACAUCCAGUGUUCAGUAGUCAUCACAGUGAGACUAGAAUGGUUCGUUAUAUGAAAAAAUUGGAAAACAAAGACAUUUCAUUGGUCCAUUCUAUGAUUCCUCUUGGUUCUUGUACAAUGAAAUUGAAUUCAACCACCGAGAUGCUUCCAUGUUCCGAUCGUCACUUCACCGAAAUCCAUCCAUUCGCACCAAAUUCACAAACUAAAGGCUAUCAAACAUUGUUCCGCGAAUUGGAGAAAGACUUAUGCGAAAUUACUGGUUAUGAUUACAUUUCAUUGCAACCGAAUAGUGGGGCACAAGGUGAAUAUGCCGGUUUGAGAGCCAUUCGAGCAUAUCAUGAAGCACGAAAUGAGGCCCAUCGUAAUGUGUGUUUGAUUCCAAUCAGUGCACAUGGAACAAAUCCAGCAUCAGCCCAAAUGGCUGGAAUGAAAAUCGAAGCAAUUCGCGUCAGUCCAUCGAAUGGAAAUAUCGAUAUGGAGCACUUGAAGGAAAAAGUUAACGAACAUAAGAACGAUCUUUCAUGCCUCAUGAUUACGUAUCCAUCAACAAAUGGAAUUUUUGAUGAAACUGUUAUCGAUAUUUGCGAUUUGAUUCAUAAACAUGGCGGUCAAGUUUAUUUGGAUGGUGCCAAUAUGAACGCACAAGUUGGUUUGUGUCGACCAGGUGACUUUGGCAGCGAUGUUUCACACUUGAAUCUGCAUAAAACAUUCUGUAUUCCACAUGGUGGAGGUGGUCCAGGCAUGGGUCCAAUCGGUGUAAAACGUCAUUUAGCUCCAUACCUGCCAACUCAUCCAGUCAUUGAUCCUUACGAUCAUUUGGAUGUGCCAAACAAAAGUUAUGGUGUCGUUAGUGCGGCUCCGUAUGGAAGCGCGGCAAUUUUACCAAUAUCAUGGGCAUACAUUAAAAUGAUGGGCACUCGUGGUUUGAAACGGGCCACUCAAAUUGCAAUUCUCAAUGCAAAUUACAUGUCAAAACGUUUGGGUGAACACUAUCGAACUCUGUUCCGAGACAAUGGUGAUGGUUUGGUUGCGCAUGAGUUUAUCAUUGAUAUUCGUGAUUUUAAGAAAACGGCAAACAUCGAAGCCAUUGAUGUGGCUAAACGUUUAAUGGAUUAUGGUUUCCAUUCACCGACCAUGUCAUGGCCGGUGGCUGGUACAUUGAUGGUCGAACCAACUGAAUCGGAAGAUAAACUUGAGCUCGAUCGUUUUUGCGAUUCAAUGAUAUCGAUUCGUGAGGAGAUUCGUCAAAUUGAAGAAGGACAAUUGGACAAAGCAGUUAAUCCAUUGAAAAUGGCACCACAUACUCAAGCUCAAGUCAUUUCAAACGACUGGAAUCGACCGUAUACAAGACAACAAGCUGCAUUCCCAGCGUCAUUCGUGAAACCCGAUGCAAAAAUUUGGCCCACCGUUGGAAGGAUUGAUGACGUUUUUGGCGAUAAACACCUGAUUUGCACAUGCCCGCCUAUCUUACCUGACUUUAAUGUCGAUUAAGUCGCAACGCUUGCUCUUCUACAAUUCAUACCUUACAAAUUACGUUAAUUAAUAUUUUUAAAAAAUCUGAAAUAAUUUUUUAAAAUAAAAUCAAUUUUUUUACA